CUUUAGAAGGCUAAGUCAAAGGAUUAGCUGUAGGGUAUAGCGUAAUAAUACCAGUAACAACCCUAUAACAUGCCUAUAUGCCUAUACUAUGUAAGCCUGGUAACAGCAUUCGCAGAAAACGGAAAAAAGCACACGCCCCUUCAAGCUAUAUCCACCUUUCACCUUACAUAACCCGACCGUUAAUACUAAAUGCUAAUAUCAUCGCCAAUACCAACCUCGUCUUGUCUCUUCUCUCGUCGUCAUUGUCAAUUGCGUUUUGGUUUAACCACUAUUCUUCCAAUGUUCUCAUAAUCUAUUUCCUUUCGCUUCUCUCUUUAAUACCGUAUUUAUAUGUCUCUAUAUCGCCCCCCUCUUACGUCUUUGCUCGUACUACCUCUGUUACCUCUAUAUCCUCUGUAUGAUUGCGCUCGUCCUUAAUUCGCGAUGGAAGAUCUCUCAAGGGCUGAGUAUCCAGCUAUGCUGGCAAACCUCCAUCCUAACCAAGCAGUUCAUGCUCUUAACGACCGAGUCAAGCGCAUUUCCAAAGUCAACACCGAGAUCGCCGAUUGGUUACAGGUAUUAUACGCUAUACGCACCACCC